UUUUUUUGUUUAAACCAUAUUUUACAAACAAUCCAAUACGAAUGAGUACUUAAAACUAGCCAAUCAUGUACAAAAUUGACUCGUUUAUCGAAUAAAAGUACAAUAGUAUUGCUGAGGGUCCAAACUGGCUAAAAAUUCCACAACGAAUAUAAACUUUGAGGAAUAUAAUUUCGCAUCAGCAAGCCAAAUUGAGUGUCAAAAGUCCGGUCAGAGUUCAACGAAAAGUUAGCUGGCAGCCGAACAUCCGAAGAAACUGCAAAUCGUUGUAUCUGGGUUCGCCUCUGGGCCGCGAAGAGUGUACAAAUUAAUGCAAAACUGGCACACACCGGGAGCAACAUGCGACGCACCAAUAACUAUCCCUACCAGCCGCUGAACCAGCAGCCAUCUGGCCCAGGUCCGGCCAGCCAUGAUGCGCUGGAGGCGGAGAACGAGCGUGCCGCCGAGGAGCUGAAACAGAAAAUUGGCGCCCUGAAGUCUCUGACCAUUGAUAUUGGCAAUGAGGUGCGCUACCAGGACAAGCUACUGCGCGGCAUAGACGACGACAUGGAUCGCACAUCGGGGUUCCUGGGCAACACAAUGACGCGCGUCGUCCGGCUGGCCAAACAGGGUGGCGGGGCCAGACAGAUGUGCUACAUGUUCCUCUUUGUGCUCGUGGUGUUUCUGCUGCUCUGGCUGACGCUAAAGUUCAAAUAACAAAGUUCGGCCGCUGUUAUUUUCUAAAAUAUAUACUUUCAAUCUUAAUUAA